AUGUGUUAUGUGGGCAAAGCCACCAAGAUCUUCAUCUUCAUCGUCACCGUCCUCGCUGUCACCGGACUAGUGAUCGGCUUCGGUCUCCUCCGCCACAGCAUCCAGAAGACCCACAAAUGCUCCGGCGACUCCUGCCUCCAGCCCCCCUCAUCCGUCUACCCCGACCCCAGCGCCACGCCUACCCCAUUUCUCACCCCGAAUCCCAACCCAACCCCCAUCCCCAAUCCCAAUCCCAAUCCCAGUCCAAAUCCAAAUCCAAACCCUAGCCCGAACCCGAAUCUGAAUCCUCCUCCGCCGCCUCCGCCGCUGUCGCCGACGACCCCUCCACCGCCGGCUCAAACUACUCUCGCUACGGCGCCGAUUUAUAGCCCGCCGGCGCUGCCCACGCCGGGUCCGGUGAAUGCCUAG